AUGGGCGCUGGUUGUGAAUCACCAUUUGCCUCAUUCGCACCAGUGGCGCUGACGCCUUCGGUGGAAUCAGCACCAGCAGGGGAAGAGGACAUUGCAGGCUGCUCCGCAUGGGAUGACGGCGUGCUGGACGCCUCGAACAUGUUCUCGGCAGCUGGGGUUUCAAGUGGCGCUGGUCGCGGCGAUGAAGUGAAGUCCACAGCGGCACUUUCAUUGUCCAUGGCGCUGAACACUGGCCGAGGUAUCCAGUGCAACUCCCUGCUAACCUCUCGUUGA